GAACGGCGUAGAGAAGAGAACUGUCUACCAGCGUUCUGGUUCAACCCAUCUGUUGUAUCAAGGAGCUGCAGCCAAGGACAUAACUACCUCAACAGCACAGGGUACCGAAAAAUGGUGUCCAACAACUGCAUCAAGGGAGUCAAGGACAUGUACACACCCAGGAAGCAGAUGUGUCCCAACAGGGCUCCAAAAGGCCUUUCUCUCUCCACCAGAGAGGGCAAGCUUACCGCCGACCUGGGAACCAACGUCACCUUCCUGGUGCAUCUAGAUGAGUCCUUAGGUGAGACUUUACUUGCUUUCCAGGGUGACUCAAUGAGAACCAACAUCCAACUGGAUUUCGGAGAUGGCACGGCAGUCUCCUACUCCAACCUGAGCUGGAUCGAAGAGGGGAUCAGACACGUUUACAAGACGGCUGGGAUAUUCCGUGUCUCGGCCUUGGAGGAGAACACCCUGGGAUUUUAUACCACCACCUUGUACCUCCAUGUUACAUGUGCUGUGGAACAUGUCCAGCUGCUGGCUCAAUUUGUGGUCAUCAAGAACAAGGAAGUAAACCUAACAGCAGUGGUCUGGCCAAUCCACUCCAGGACCCUCAGCUACUUCUGGUGGCUUGGGAACAGCACUGAGCCGGUAAUCAGCUUAGACGGCAGCAUCUCGUACACCUUCACCAGCGAGGGAAUGAACACUGUUACUGUCCAAGUGUUUUCAGCCAACACCAUUGUGCAAGACACCAAGAUGAUAGCAGACCAAGGUGUCAGACUUUCCAGAGGAUCAGCUAUUGGUUGCAGUGUUUCCAGGUGUGCCAACGGCCGCUGAGCUCUUCCUGUUACCACACAAGAACCAAUCAGAGGGCAGGAAAAAGAGCGAAGAGGAGCUAAAGCAGAUCUCUGAGAUACUUGCCUGCACUCUGGACCAGAAUCUGGUGGAGUUUGAGCUAAAGCCAGGAGAAAGAGUAAUUGUUUACAUCACACAGCUAACUUGGGUAUGGAAAAAAGUUAGCAUCAAGAUAAUUACAUAAAUUAACUGUAAGUACUUGCAUGAGAAAUCAUAAUUUUCUCUACAUAUUCUGCCUUUUUUUAGCUGUGUUUGUUUCUUUUUGUGAUGUC